CUUCCCACUCCACACGCAACCUCUCUUCCCAGCGCUUCCUCGGCCGCCGUAGCUGUCUCUUGGUCUACGUUCCGGCACACGUGGUCCUUGCCUGCGCUCCCACGGACUGGCUGCAACAAGCCACGUCUCCCCCAUCCCACACCUCCCCCACCCGCACACACCAGCUGCGAAGAUGCGUCUCGACGUCAAGAGGCAGCUCUUUGCGCGCUCGGAGCGAGUCAAGGGCAUUGACUUCCACCCGACCGAGCCGUGGAUCCUGACGACCCUGUACAGCGGACACGUUCACAUUUGGUCCUACAUUUCACAGUCGAUUGUCAAGACAUUCGAGCUCACCGAUGUCCCCGUUCGCGCUGGUCGCUUCAUUGCGCGGAAGAACUGGAUUGUUGCAGGUUCCGAUGACUUCCAGAUGCGUGUCUACAACUACAACACCUCUGAGAAGGUCACAUCUUUCGAAGCACACCCCGACUAUAUCCGCGCCAUCGCCGUUCAUCCCACACAGCCCUUUGUGCUGACUGCCAGCGAUGACAUGACAAUAAAGUUGUGGGACUGGGAGAAGGGCUGGAAGUGCGUGCAAGAAUUCGCCGGCCACCAGCACUACGUUAUGGGCAUUGCGAUCAACCCCAAGGACCCCAAUACAUUUGCUUCCGCUUGUCUCGACCGCACAGUCAAGAUUUGGUCGCUCGGCAGCUCGACGCCUAACUUCACCCUGGAAGCGCACGAGACCAAGGGUGUCAAUUUCGUUGACUACUAUCCCCAAUCCGACAAGCCCUACCUCCUCACAACAUCUGAUGACAGGACAGUCAAGGUCUGGGACUACACUACGAAAGCCCUCAUUGCGACUCUCGAGGGUCACACGUCCAACGUCAGCUUCGCUGUUUAUCACCCCGAACUCCCCGUCAUCAUCUCGGGCUCUGAAGACGGCACAAUCAAGAUCUGGCACUCGUCGACAUACCGCUUGGAACAGUCUUUGAACUAUGGCCUGGAGCGAUCAUGGUGUGUGGCAUCUCAGAAGAGCAAAAAUGGCAUUGCGCUCGGUUUCGACGAUGGAGCUGUAGUCAUCUCCAUGGGCCGAGAAGAGCCAGCAGUCAGCAUGGAUGCUGGUGGCAAGAUUCUUUGGGCAAAGCACAAUGAUAUUCUCGCAGCAACAAUCAAGGGCAACGAUUCACUGAAAGACGCGGAACGCCUUACAUUGCCUUCCAAAGACCUUGGCUCGACCGAGAUCUAUCCUCAGUCUCUGCUUCACUCGCCGAACGGCCGUUUCGUCGCUGUCUGUGGUGAUGGUGAAUACAUUAUCUACACCGCCCUCGCGCUUCGAAACCAGGCCUUCGGUUCCGCACUGGAUUUCUGUUGGGCAUCGAAGGAGCACGACAAGGACUACGCUAUUCGGGAGUCAGCUACGAGCGUCAAGAUUUUCCGCAACUUCAAGGAACGAAGCGUGUUGAACGUCGGCUUCUCUGCCGACGGUUUGAGCGGUGGCGUCCUACUUGGAGUCAAGGGUCAGGGUGGUAUUGGCUUCUAUGAUUGGGAUUCUGGAGCUCUUGUCCGCAGGAUCGAAGUCGAACCCAAGAGCGUUUUUUGGUCAGAAAGCGGCGAGCUCGUGACAUUGGCUACAGACGAUACAUAUUACGUUCUGAGAUUCUCGAGGGAGAAUUAUCUGGAGGCGCUCCAAAAUGGCGAGAUCGACGAAGACGGCGCAGAAGCUGCUUUCGAGGUCGUCUGUGACAUCAACGAGAGCGUACGCACCGGUUGCUGGGUCGGCGAUUGCUUCAUCUACACCAACAGCACCAACCGUCUCAACUACCUAGUUGGUGACCAGACUUACACCAUUUCCCACUUCGACUCGCCGCAUUACGUUCUUGGAUACCUCGCCCGCGACUCGAGAAUAUACAUUGCCGAUAAGGAUGUGAACGUUGUGUCAUUCGCUUUGUCGCUGGCUGUUGUGGAGUACCAGACUUUGAUUCUCAGGGGAGAGCUGGAGGCUGCAGAGGAAACAUUACCUUCUGUGCCCAAAGACCAAAACAACAAGAUCGCUCGAUUCUUGGAGGGCCAAGGGUACAAAGAGAUGGCUCUCAAGGUUGCCACCGACCCAGAGCACCGGUUCGAUCUUGCGCUUUCACUGGGUGACCUGCAGCAAGCCACUGAAAUUGCGCGGGAGCAGGACACAGAGCACAAGUGGAAGACUGUUGGUGAUGCUGCUCUCACCGGCUGGGACAUCAAGCUUGCGCAGGAGUGCUUCGUCAAGGCCAAAGAUCUAGGCUCGCUGCUGCUCCUUUACUCUGCCACUUCAGACGAGUCUGGUUUGCGCGAGCUUGCCAGCCUCGCCGAGACAGCGACAGCGAACAACGUCGCUUUCUCUGCGCUCUGGCAAAUUGGGGACCUACAGGGCUGUACCGACUUGCUCAUCAAGACUGGUCGCUUCGCCGAAGCUGUACUUUUCUCCCAGACGUACAAGCCUAGUACGACAGCAGGACUUGCCAAGCAGUGGAAGGCUAGCCUAGAAAAAGAAAAUAAAAGCAGGGUCGCGAAGCUCAUCGGUGUGCCUCCGCAGGAUGGCGAGGGCGACGAGGACAUGUUCCCUGAGUGGGAUGAAUAUCUGCGCAUGGAGCGUGAGGGUGGCGUCGUUGAAGACCUCCUGGUGCAGGACGAUGAGGUGGAUGCUGAGGCUGAAGAGGAGGUUGCCGAGGCUGCCGAAGCUGUGGAGGAGGAAGAUGACGAUGACGACGAGGAAGAGGACGAGGAAGAGGAGAGCAGCGAGUAGUUGAUCACUCCACCCUAGGUCUAUGCUUUAUGGGUCAAAAUGAUUCACAACAUUCACGAAUACUCUCAAAUU